AUGGAAGCCCCGGAAAGGGACUCUGGUCCACGGCCCAGGGGGCCCAGCGGGACGAGGGGCCCCGCGGCGACCCCACCGUGGGGCCGGACCGGAACGCAGGACCCGGGCCAGCUGGCUAUGCUGACGAAGGCUCAGGAGUUCUUCCAGGCCUGCGACCCCGAGGGCAAGGGCUUCAUCGCCCGCAGAGACAUGCAGCGGCUGCACAGCGAGCUGCCACUCAGCCUGCGGGACCUGGAGGACGUCUUUGACGCCUUGGACACCGACGGCAACGGCCUCCUGACGCCAGCCGAGUUCACCUCCGGAUUCAGCCAUUUCUUCUACAGCCAGGACGAGGACCAGCAGGCCUCGCCGCUGCUGGAUGAGAAGGUGUACCAGUCUGCAGGGAAAGAGGAAGGCUACGAAGGAGAGGAGGAAGACGAGGAAGGCCAAUUCCGCUUGCUAAUGGACAGACUAGGAGCCCGGAAGGUCUUAGAAGAUGAGAACGACGUGAAGCCCCUGUGGCUGCAGCUGAAGAAGGACGAGCCACAUCUGCUGGCCAAUUUUGAGGAGUUUCUGUCGCGUGUGGUCAGCCAGCUGCAGGAGGCCCACGAGGAGAAGGACGAAAUGGAAAGUGCCCUGAAAAAGAAAAUUGCGGCCUAUGAUGAGGAGAUCAGACACCUCUACGAGGAGAUGGAGCAGCAAAUUCAAAAUGAAAAAGAGCAGUUUCUCUUGAAAGACACUGAGCUGUUCCAGACCCGCAGCCAGGAGCUGGAGCACAAGCUGGCGGCAAAGGAGCUGGAGCUGGAGCAACUGUUUCAGAAACAGAAAAGGCUGGAGGGCCAGUGCACGGCCCUGAACAAUGACAAGCACGAAACGACGGCAGAGAACAGCCAGCUGAGGCGCACGAACCAGGAGCUGGCCAAGGAGCUGGACCGGAUCUCGGCCGAGCUGCGCUGUGCCCAGCUGCAGCUGCACAGCCUGCAGGACGAGGCCUGCAAACUGCACCAGGAGAAGGAGCUGGAGGUGUACAGAGUGACCGAGGCCUUGCAGAGAGAGAAGUCGGGGCUCCUCAAACAGCUGGAUUUCCUGAGGGAACGGAACAAGCACCUCAGGGACGAACGCGACAUGUGUCUGCAGAAAGGUCAAACCGCCACCGCUACCGCCGUCGCCCCCAAAGCAGGCUGGAAGCAAAGAUCGGGCUCUGUGAUCGGCACAUACUUCCCGGGCAAAGGAAUCCUCGAAAGCCAGACCACCGAGGAGGAGGAAGAGGAGGAGAAGGAGGCUGAGGAGGGUGGCUUCCUUUGCCGGAGGAGGCGGAGCUCCGGGAGCUGGGGUACCGGACAGGACAGCGACCCCGGGGCCCACGGGCCCGGCCCCCGCGCUCUCGGGAGGAUCAUCUCCAUCGAGGAAGACCCCCUGCCGCAGCUUUUGGACCACCAGCCCGGGAGGCCGCUGUAUCAGUGGCCCGAGAAAGAGGAGGAGAAGGAGGUGGAGAGCAGCGUCGUUGGAGGGCGGGGAGAGAAGGCAGGCAGAGGUCCGUCCUCGGAGCCCACUCCGCUCUCUCCCCGCGGCCGGCCAGUGGGGAAGGAAACGCACGCAAAUGACGAGGAUGCUCCCGCCUGCCUGGACCGCCUCUUCAAGAUCGUGUUCGUGGGCAACUCCAGCGUGGGGAAAACCUCCCUUCUACGCCGCUUUUGCGAGGAUCGGUUCUCUCCGGGGACAGCUGCCACCGUGGGGAUAGAUUACCGGGUGAAGACGGUCAGUGUGGACAACGCCCAGGUGGCCCUGCAGCUCUGGGACACGGCCGGCCAGGAGAGGUACCGCUGCAUCACCCAGCAAUUUUUCCGCAAGGCGGAUGGUGUCAUCGUGAUGUAUGACGUCACGGCCAAGCAGACGUUCACUUCCGUUCGGCAGUGGCUGACCAGCGUCGAGGAGGCCGUGGGAGGGAGCGUGCCCGUCCUGUUGCUGGGCAACAAAGUGGACAAUGACCAGCAGCGGGAGGUCCCCCGGGCUCUGGGCGAACAGCUGGCCAAGGAUAACGGACUGAUCUUCUACGAGUGCAGCGCCUUCUCCGGCCACAACGCGAAGGAGUCCCUCCUCCACUUGGCGCGGGUCUUGAAGGAGCAGGAGGACACGGUGACAGCCAAGACGAUCCAGAUCCACCAGGCUCCGAGGAACAGCUCGUGCUGCGGGCGGCAGUAGUCUCCAGGGGUCCCGCGUGGGGGGCUCUGAGCCGGCUCAGCCCCGGGACCCCGUCCCCACCUUUGCCGCAGGGAGUCCCCCGCUCAGAGACUCACCUCCGUUCACUGGCUCUCCACCAGUGACUUACUGACUUACGAAUCAGUGUGGGGUGGUCAUCCU